AUCUAUGAGAAAUCUUACAAACCUGCUGAGCAAAAUGAAGGAGACCAUCAGGUGGAUUUUCUCAGAGAGGCUGUGAAACCAAAGUACCAGUCCAAGAACACUUCCCAUCAUAUGGAGUGGUUGACAACACCAGCAGGAGGGUCUCCCUCCCAGGGCAUUUUAGUGGACUCAGAAUCAAAAAGUGGACACUGCAAAAGCCCAGCUACAGAAAUUGGAGGAAUUCUUCCAAAGCCUCAAAUUAAAAAGCCUAGUGGAAGUCCCAGUGUCAGUCAGUUUAGCACUAUUACCAGUCAAAUAUCAGCCACUUCAGUACGUGCACCAACCAUGGGUCUCGUAUCUCAGGCUGUCGGUCAAGGAGAAAACACCGUGAAGACAACACCCACUCACAAGGAUGAUAGAGGGCUGCAGGAAUUGACUGAGCAAAUGUUUGGCAACAUUAAGAGAAAAUAUGGUAGAAAGGACUCAAUGAGAAAUCUGAUUAAUCACAGCUCAGAGGCACAGUGGAAUAAAAUUAUAGCAAAAGAGACUGAAAUGAAAAUUUCAGAAACUAUUACAGAGAAGGAAGUGCUAGAGAUUGAAAAGAACCAUGAUAUGUCUCAUGGAGAAAACACAAGUACUGGGAUUGCUCAAGAAAAGGACGAAAAUGUUUUACAAGGAUCAGUUUCCAUCCAAGCAGAAGCUGCCGGCUUUCCAGGACGCAAGAGGAAAAACCGUAAAUCACUAAAAGGUCAGGUACAUUUUGAGAGCUCCUCAGAAAAAGUGCAGUUAGAAUCUGAAUUGAAUGAAAAAAGUGAUGGCAUUGUGAUUGGACUGUCAGACUCCCAGCAAACCCGUCUUAAUAAGAAUGAAUUGAGAACACCUAGACUAGCAGAAAAGGAUCCAGAGUGUGAGCCUAUGGGUAAUCCUGAAGUUAAUACAAGUGAAACCACCGAGGCUUGUAAAAGCCGACUUAGAAAACCUGUAGUUGUGGGAAAACUAAGUAUGUUUUCAGACUUGGAGCAGCCUGGCAGCAAAGUGUCUGAAAUUAAGCAUCCAAAACUGAAAGCAAAGCAAAGGUGGACUUCAAAUAAGUCCAAAAGUAUCAGCAUCCCAAAAGAUAUAUCUAACCCAACAGCAACCAUCGUUGACCCUCCUUCAGCUUAUCCUAUCACACCCUCUAGUCCUCUCUACACCAACACAGACAGCCUAACAGUUAUUACUCCUCUAAAAAAGAAAAGGGGGCGACCCAAAAAACAGCCUCUGCUAACUGUAGAAACGAUUCAUGAAGGUACAUCAACUAGUCCUAUAAGCCCAAUAGCUCAUGAGGCAUCCGGUACUCCAAAGAAGAGAAGAAAGAAAAGAAGCCUGGCAAAACUAGUGCAUAUUUCCCCUUCAAACGAGUCUCCGUCUAACCAGAUUAAGCUUAAUAAAAAGGUCAGAAACUAUGGUGUUCUCGAUAAGAAGACAAUUAGGACAAUAAACAAAAUGAAAAUGGUUAAACGAAAGAAUAUUCUGAAUGAGAUCUUGUCAUGCUCUGCAAGCAGCAGCCUGGUUUUAAAGUCCAAGGUCCCCACAUCCAGUUCAGUUUCCACCGUAGCAUCAAACAUUGAAUCGCGCCUAGGAAAGCAAAUCAAUGUAAGUAAGAGAGGGACCAUCUACAUUGGCAAAAAAAGAGGAAGGAAACCAAGAGUUGAGCUGCAGCUUCAGCAAGAUGAGCACAAAGCAAGCGAAAAGCACCCUGUGCCUGUUCUGAACAUGUCUGAAAACCCAGCAGUGCCUUCCAACCCACAGUCUACAGCCAGGAUGCCUUUACCCAUCACAGCACAGCUACUUGCUGACAAAGCUGUGGGGCCAGGUGGGAAUUUAAGUCCUACAACUGCAGAUACAACACUGCAUGAGCUCAAGACCAUGCCAAACUUGCAGCCCAUUAGUGCAUUGUCCACCAAAGCUCCCAAAGGCUUGCACAGUAGUGGCUGGAAGCUUUCUCCUCCCAGGCUCAUGGCCAACUCGCCUUCUCAUCUGUCUGAGGUUGCCUCUCUCAAAGAGGUGACGCUGUCUCCAGUUAGUGAGUCUCACAGUGAGGAGACAAUUCCCAGUGAUAGUGGAAUUGGCACAGACAACAACAGCACAUCUGACCAGGCAGAGAAAGGACCAGCAUCCCGUAGGAGAUACUCCUUUGACUUUUGCUCUCUGGAGCCUUCUGAAGCUGCAGCGUUAGAAGCCAGCAACAAGGCAAAACGGGGACACUGCCCUAAACAUGGUGGUACAGUAGCUGUAGAAACAUUUUUAGCUCAUGAUGCCCUGAAAAAGCAGAAACACCGUCGUAAACGAAAAGGCCUUCAAAGCCGAGAUGAUCUGCAGUUUUUAGCAGACCUUGAGGAACUAAUUGGAAAAUUCCAGGUUUUCCGCAUCUCUCAUCGCAGCUAUACAUUUUACCAUGAAAAUUCCUAUCCUAGCAUCUUCAGGGUCAACUUUGAUCAUUAUUACCCAGUUCCAUAUUUUCCAUAUGAUCCCCUGCACUACCUUCGUCGGAAUUCUGAAAUAAAGUCCAAGAAGAGGCGUGGCAGACCGGCCAAAGCCAACGAGCCAAUGACAAAGAUGCCUUUCCUUCAAGGGUUUGGAUACCCGAUCGCCAGCGGCAAUUACUAUGCACCUUAUGCAAUGCCUUAUACGUCAAUGCCUAUUGCCACUAGUAUGAUGAAUCUGGGUUACUACGGUCAGUAUCCAACUCCUUUGUACUUAUCUCACACGCUUGGAGCAGCAGCUUCUCCAUUUAUGAGACCAGCAGCCCCACCACCCCAGUUCCAUUCUGGUGCUCACAUGAAGUUGACCACUACUGCCAAACAUAAGACCAAACACAGUGCUCACCAGAUACCAUCGACAGGAAUGAACAAUUCCACAUCUACACUAGUGGCUCCCAAGAUGGGCAGCAGCAACUUGCCAAAUGUCCGCCUCCAUAAGCGUAAGCACAAGCAUAAGCACAAACAUAAGGAUGAUCAGCAGUCUGGUUCUCAGAGGGAUGAUCUUGGAGGACUCUUUAGUGGAGCAAAGAAUUCUAGUUACUUAAGCCUUCUGAGUGAACGAUUAUGUAUGUCUGACAAAGAGCCUUCUCUCCCUAAACAUAAGGAGAAGCAAAGGCUGCCGCAAAAUUUGGACACUCCACCAAGGAGUUCCAAAAAUAUUUUUGAAGUAGAUACUCUUUCCACAUUGUCAAUCUCAGACACCCAACAGUGGAAGCGCACUCAUGAACGUGUUGAGCCGGUUAGUGAUUUCCAUGAUCCCUGCAUCCGACGACAUUUUGACAGUACACGGAGUCGGCAAGAGCCACCUUCUGAUCUUUUUGGGGACCUACAAGUUUCGGGAAUCAAUGAGUCAAGUCUUGGAGGUAGACGGCGAAACCUAGAGAGUUUUGGGGUGUAUAGAGAACAAAACUUGGCACCCCUGAAGAGUAGCAAGAGAGACAAAGUGUCGCAGAUAUUUGACUCACCAGGUGUAGCAUCAGCAGGUAAGAACCCUUUGUGGAUGAAAUGUGACUUUGUGAAUGUUUGA